CCUCUCUUCUCUUUUUUAUAUUUCCGCUAUUUUUAUUAUACAAAGGCGUCCAAUUCAGCCCAAAGUUCCCUCACCUUUUUUCGUUCUAUGCUGUGGACAUAGUUGUUUCGCUUCCCCCUUGGCGCGUACCCUCCCUCUCUCUUUUCCUUCUUGGCCGCCUUGAUUUUUUCUUGCACAAGGGCGGUGCUCUUCUGCCUCUCGUUAUAUUUCUGCUCUCCUUUCCGCUUCCAACUGCCAUCGGGCCAGCACCCAGUUUGCCCGCCUUAGGGAUAAGCACGAGAAAAAGACGCAGCGCUCGACUCUGCUCUCCCCAAAUAUCUUUCCAUCUUCUCUCGUAAAGCUCCAAAGUUUUAUAUUUAUUCCUUACUUUGGACCUGCCUGUCCCCUCUUUUUUCCCUAUUAUAUCGUAUUUCCCUCCCCACCGUAUAUUUUCCAGUCACUCAUUCCCAGCCAGCGAUGGCGGCAAACGACAAAAAGCGCACGAUGGACAUGGCUGCCGAGGGCUACGGCGGGUGCAGGCAGCAGCAGCAGCAGCACCCGUGCUUCUGGGGGGUGCUGCACGGCGAGAGCCUGAACUUUGCCUUCUUUUCGGCGACGCUGAGCGAUUUCCUGGGCCCUGAGAAAACAUCGUCGCUACUGAACCAGUCGCUUUUUGACUACAUUCACCCCGACGAAGUAAAUCGGGCACGUAGCGAUUUGGUCGACACGUUCAUUUCAAAGUCAUUCACGGGCUCAAGCAUAAGGUGCCGCCUGCGCAGACUCGACCUGGACAAAGUUGGCUUCUCGCAGGUAUUCCGCCGCGCCUCCGAAUCCCAGAUCAUGCACCAGACACGGCCCGCAAAGCAUCUGCAUGAAUCGUUUGAGCGCAAGCUCUCGCUGCCCAUCAUCCCCGACAUUGCAAAAUUGCGCGGCAUGCGGGAACCAGCUGCCCACGUAUCAUCGCCGCAGCAGCAGCAAGCACAGGCGCAACCACAGCAAACCCCGGCUCCGCCAAAGCGGUUAAGGACAAUCCUCGAGGACGUGCAAGGCAACACCACCCCGUCCUCCGCAGACAGCGUCUGGGAUUCACUGGACGCUGACAGCGAAUACCUGGUUGCCAACAUUGCGCUAUAUCUUGUAUCGAAGCGCUUGUCGAUCGUGAUCGUCCACUAUGAGGAUGCGGCACCACAGAAUGACGCCCUGGUACCGCUCACAUAUCCCACUGCCAGUAAUACCACCAGCCGCUAUAACAGCAGCAGCAGCAGCGACAGCGACAGCGACAGCGACAGCAGCAGCAGCAACAGUGGCAACGGAGCCACCAGCAACAUGCGGCCCCACACCAGCAUCACUCUCCCCAGCAACACCAUCCAGAUCCACAAGCUGGACACAAUCGAAGCGGCCCGCACAAAGCUGCAAAUGACAACAGCUAGCCAAAACGCCAUGCUGUUGAUCUAUGCGAUCGACAGCGAACGCCUGCUGUGCGCAUUUCCAGAGGAAGGAUACAGUAGGAUUUUCGGCGAGUCCCCUUCUUUGCAAAAGGAUGGCAGUGGUGGGCGACGUCUCAGCAGCAGCAUCCUGGGGCUGCUACAGCACCCACACGUCGCCAAUACGGAUCCUGUCAGAGUGGAGCUCCGGAUAAAGCCCAAGGCCCACACCGACAGCACGUCGUCUCCCGCGCUCGAUGUGGACUCCAUCAUGUUUCCGCUGGGGGCGCCUGCUAUUGCAGUCGAGUCAAGCAACGCCAGCGUGACCGGUGGCGAGGAUGGUACAAGCGUGCUUUCCAGCUACAACCUAUCCACACCGCCCAACGACGAGCUUAAGCGGCCGCAUGCUGCUGUUCCUGCCGACACCGCCAAUGCCCACCCUUAUCGGGACUACUCGAUUGCCAGCUCAGCCCAUACCAGCGGGCGCAGCACCGCACGGCCAUCCCCAUCGUACUCGAUGAUGCCGCACGCCAGCCCCCCGAUGGCCGCGGUCAGCAGUGCAGCAAAUGGGAUGCCAAUACAGCCAGUCUCUUCUUCGGCCGUAGCAAUCUCCGAGGCCCGCCCAUUCUCGCUGCCACGUGCCCCCGCAUCGAUCGUCGCCAAUCUGCCCGCACGUCCCGCAUUCACACUGACGCCCCCAGAAUCGGUUCCGCCACGCCGGCAAUCCUCGUAUACAUUGCCGCCACAAAAAAACUUUGAGGAGCGCCGGUUCUCGUAUCCAAUACAGGCUCUCAACGGCGACCGCCGCCCACCGCCAGCAGGCUCGGCGCUUGGCAGCAGCCCGGGAAUGCUGCCGAGCCCAGGCACGCGCACACUUGAUAUGCGCCAGCGCAUGGGGGCCGCUGCUGCAGCCGGGUCGUUUCGGAUGGGCAUUGCUGCCAAGGGCAUCGGCGCUGGCACUUCGAACCAGCCCACACCCUCAGCCUCGCCGCUUGGCACGAUUUCUCAGCAGCAUACACCAGUGGCCAUGUCGCCUGCACCUAUGAGUUCAGCGGGACACGCGGGGUAUGUGCAGGUCAACGUCUACCCACCACCACAGGCAUCCGCCCAGCAGGACUCUGGUGAGAUGUGGCAGCAGCAGCAGCAACAGCAACAGCAACAACAGCAACAGCCUAGUGCGCACAACAGCAGCGCCAUGGUGACAGGAGCCCGACCGAAUCGCUCGAUCAAUGGCUCGCCACAUCCGCACUUUUUGCACGUAAUCGCCCCGCAGCAGCAGCAGUUCCAUCGGUCGCCCACGGGCUCAGUUAUUGCCUCGCCAAGCAUAGCCGGGCCGUACGUGCACCGCAUAGACGAGCGGCAUAUCGUCAUGGGCCGGCCCAACGAACCCGAGAAGAAGCUGUGCAAGAGCUGUGGGACCGACUCGAGCCCCGAGUGGCGCAAGGGACCGACAGGGCCAUAAAACGUAAGUAUUAUGAAGUUCGACACACAGGGCCCGAUCGAUCGCAGGCGCUGCUCCCAGUCUGAGCCAGCUUGUGAUGCCGGCGAUCGAUCACGGAAUCCAUUUUGUUCCACAUGACCUGCGCAUGCAUUGUGAUUGCUGAUUGGCUGGCUUAAAAUUGCUUUCUGUAGGCUCUGUAAUGCAUGUGGGCUGCGCUAUGCCCGCUCGAUCAACCGCG